CAAUAUAAUAUUUUUUCAUCUAGAAAGUUUUUUCAAUAUCCAGAUUAAUAAUUUUAUUUGAAAAGGAAAAAUAAAGCUUUUGCAUCAACCUAAUAGUUAAUUUAUUCAAAUUAACAUAUUUGCAGUACUUGACAGUUAAUUAGCUGAUAGAAAUAUUGCAGUUAAGAUCGAUCCUGAGGGAAAGAUUAAUCGUAAAGAUAUUCUCGUAUCAUAAAUUGGCAUUAUACCCUUAAAAUAUGGCCUAUAUCUUCGACAAAUUUACAAUUCGUAGUAUAGAGAAUCCUUUCAUUUUAUAUCACGUAACGCAACAGAUUACGAUUUUUACAUUUCUCUCGUAAGCGCAGUAAAUAUAUAAGAUAUAUAAUACAAAAUGACGAUAAAUUUAAAAGGGGGUAGUCAAUACCUGUAACAUAAGAGAUAUAAAUAGGCGUUAACAGGCAUUAAUUGUUAUAUUUUAUAACAAUUUUUAAAAGUUUAUUGUAAUCUUACCCAUAGAGUUUCUUAGAUCGAUGUCUAUGCGUAUAUAUUACACACAUGUUGUAUACUUAAGAAUUUACUUAUACAAAUGUAAUCUCUAAGUCCUACGAUUAGCGUCCUGCUCACAAAAAUGCAUUUACAAUACUCAGCAGCAUUUAAAUUUCCUACGUAUACAAAAAAAAAGAGGGAGGAAACUUCAGCGUAGAAACAAAUGAUAUCGUAAUCUCUUAUAUUUGCCACAUAUAUAUUAACUUUGUGCUUUUACGCGUUUGUGGUUUGAAGGCAGGCUAUACCAUAUAUAUAUAUAUAUAUAUAUAUUUAUAAGCAAUGUUCAUAUAAUACUUAAGAUUUAUAUUGACUCGUGUAAUAUUAUAUAUACACAAAUACGAUUUAUAUUUUAUUUCACAUUUUAAACAAAGAGAGUUGAUACUUUUUAAACAAAAUAUCCAUUAUAGAUCAUACGUACAUUAUUCAUUCCGAUAUUAAAAAAAAAAAAAUGUGUUACCAUAAAAUGUAAAACGUUCGAACGAUGCGGAUCACCGGCUAUUAUGUACUUACGAUUAGUGCCAGAAUUUAUAUGUUCUCCUCUUCGAGUAGUGGUCAUUAAUGAUCAGAGAUAGUGCGACUAGAUAUGCGUGUUUUUUCUUCAUAUAAUGCCUUACUGUAAAUAUUACAAAAAAAAACGCAAGAACAUCACACGGUGAAAUUGUGCGUAGUGGCGCUCAUUUCGCAAAUUCACAACUUUUAUAACAACAAUUUUUUCGUAGAUCAGUUAUGUAACUAUCCAAAAACGAAAUAAAAUGAUUUCUUUUGGAUGAAAUAAAUUUUUUGAUAAGAAACUUUCAUGAUUUAUGUCUGGUGAAUACGUUUCUCCUGAAAAAAAGAGGCCUUUCUUCGAGAAAAUCAGGCUGCAUUGACAUUAAUAUAAUAAAAGAUGAAUUAUAAUAAAUAAUAAUAAAUAAAUGUCAUGCGAAAUAAGUCACGGUAAAUAAGCCAUAGUAAAAUAUAAUGUGUAAGCAACGCUUUUUGUAUCCGUUCCCGAUGCAUGAGCAUCAUCAACCGUUUCGUUCUCUUUAAUCCUAACAGAACAUCUCUGCUGGAAAUAAUAAUGUCCUCUGGCGCAUGUCACCUGCAUCGUGUCCGCGUACAUCGUCAAUUUCCGAAUUACGAACGCGCAGUAGCGGCCGGGAAAGUUGACGUAUCAGUCGUUUUGAGACAGUGCAUCCGCGCUAAGAAAAUGAGAUGUAUCUUCUCCGCGAGAUGCGUAUAUAAAUAUAAUAAAUAGUAUAAUAUUGUUCGCAAAUAUGUUUGCGAAUAGUACGCUUUGUGCUUUGUGUCUCAUAACACUUUUUCUAAACAUUAACGUGGCAGAAUGGGUGGACAUGCCACAAUUCUCGGAUGAGAAGAAAAUUUACAGGAUACCUUCUGUACAAUAUGAUCAGUUUUACAAGAUUAAACGAGGUGAUGCGGAUGGUGCUAGUUUUCCGGACGAUCAGCAAAACGGUAGCGAAACUUAUCACCGUCCAGUUAAAGUUACAUACGUGAUGGACGAUAAAAAAACAGAAAUUCAAAAAAUCAAUUCUAUCUCAGUGCCGACAACGCCGGCAAAUUUAUUUCGUGAUCAAAUUGUUGAUAGUUUCACAGAGUUCCAUAAAAAUCAUGCUGUAACAAACAUUGAUGCUGUGACUGAGAAUAAAUUAAUUAAUAGAUAUCAUACAACAUCACCAACAAAGGAUACAUUUGACAUAUUUGCUACUCAACCACCGUCGACUACAACACAGAAACAAAAAAUCCUGCAAGAUGAAUAUUACAACGAUACACUGAAGCAAAACGAUGGUAUAUUUCAAUAUUUGCCCAUAGAUAUACUUAAGAGUGUUCACGACACUCUACAAUCGCAGCCAAUGUCAUUCGAAGGAAAACUUCACUUUCUUAAAAUGUUUGAAAGGACACUGAUGGCGGAAAUAGAAACUCGCCUAGCCACUACUAUGGCACCGAGUCGAAGGACAAGGGGCGCGGAUCAUUACGGGCACGACGAAGGUCAUGACGACCAUUCUAUAGGAUUUCCUUCGAUAGAAGGCGCGCUAAUGGCUAUAUCAUUUCUCACUUUCGCGGUUUAUCUCGUACGAUUAGUGAUGCUUCUCUUUAAAAACAUGAACCCGAUGCCUACUACGACUGCCGCUACGAUAUUUGUUGGCAAAAGAAAAAGAUCUGUCGAUCUCGACGACGACGCCAUUAGGAUACUUAAUAAUAUGCACACUUUCGUUUCUGACUUAUAAAUUUUAACAUGGU